AUGGCAACAGUAACGGAAGUCCUGCAACGCCUGGAGGGCUUCCCGCAGGACCUUGCCUCAUCCCUCGAGAUCGGUCCCAACGUCGACACCGCCGAGCUCAUAGCCUCACUCGACAGUGUCGCCCACCUCAAUCCUGAACCGGAGGCGCGCAACUGUAUCGUCCAAGUAGCCGCCAAACUGCCAUCAAGUCGCGUGCUGGAGGACACGGAACUGCUAUGGGCCCAGGAUGCGGGACCGAGCGUGCCAGCAGUCACAAAGCACAUUGUCGCCGCGAUUGACGAUGGGACGUUUGACAAAAGGAAAUGGGUCCUUGCUGCGGCCAAGUCAGACUCGUUGCGUUCCCGCGACGUCGCCGUCACAUGGGGCCGCGAGCAUUUUAGCGACCUCCUCGCCAUCUGCAAGGACGAGUUCGCCGACCCAGCAUUACGUGCUGGUGUCCUUACCGUCAUCCAGUCGAUUGUCCUUGCGGUGCCAUACUCCCCCGAGACACCCAUCGCUCAGACACUAAUGUACCAACUGGCCCGCGACGACUUCUUCCCUCUGGUCCUCGACUCACUCCUGUUCGACACCAACCACCAGCUCUUUGUCCUCGCGCUCUCGGUUCUUGUGACUGUUCUCCCCUUUGCCCUCCAGGUCCUCAUCACCCGUGUGCCUCUCCUAAUGGUCGUGCUCGGCCGAGCCAUCAGCUGGCGCGACCGCCCCUUCAUUGACGCCGGCCGCCCGGCCAUGUCUGGUGCGACCUUCACCCCUUUACCAAACCCUUCCCACAACUGGGUCAUCGCCACGUCCACCACCCACCAAAAGGACCCUCACAGCAGCGGCGACAUGACCGCUUCAUCACCCAUUGAGAAAAGGAUCGUGCAGCUGCUUCUCAUCGCCCUGUACGGUGCCUGGCCGUCCAAUGUGUUGGCCUUCACUCGCGACGCCCCACGGUACCUCGAUUUGAAAGACGUGGAGCCAGUGUACGCCAUCCCAUGGGACGACGUGUGGGAGCAAGACCAGCUGGCCGGAAAGCUGCUCCCCUUGAUUGCCGAUUUCCAGCUCCACCCCUCGAUCAUCACCCACACGUCGUUGGGCGAGCUCCAGGAUCUGAAGCGUUGGGAGAAGUACGACCCUUCGGAAUUCGUCUCCAUGUGCCACUUGCUAUCGCACAGCACCGAGGAUGACAUGUUUGAUUUCUUCAAGGUGCCACAGGUCCAGCUCGACCCUCAGCCUGCCGUUACGGCGGUGGAUGCAGAGACUGGCGUGGCCGCGACGGACGACAUUGGAAGGUUGAAGGAAGAAAAUGAGCUGUUGCGCUUGGAGGCGCUAUACACUGAACGAUUGAGGAAGCAGCUUGUCUAUCACAUUGGUCGACUGCACCGCAACUCGCUGCGCUUCAACAGCGACGAGGCCGAGAUCCACACUUUUGUCAACCGUCUCAAAGAGCAGGCCAAGUCAAUUUCGACCCUCACCGCCGAGCUGUCCCAGCAACGUACCGAGGCGUCACAGGCCCAACAAAAGCACGUGAAAUGGCAAAAGGAGCUGCGCGAUAAGGUCUCUGGGUUCCGCGAGGAGCGUCGUAACUGGCAGACGGAGGCUUCUACACUGCGUAGCGACUUGAGCGAGGCGCACCAAAACCUUGCCAAGCAGCGCGACGAGCUUGCCGACGUCAAGAACCAGCGUUUCGUGCUCCAGAGUCAACUGCUUGAGGCCACGCCCAAGCUCCAGCACAUUGCCGACUUUGAAUCAAGGAUACAGCAGCUCACCGACUCGCAGCUUUUAUGGGACAGCGACGUCCAAAAGAUGCGCGAUGCAAUCUCCCUGGCGCAAGCAGUUCAGAGCCGUUGCUUCGAGCUCGAGGGCAUGAUUCAGGCGCGCGACAACAUCUGCCGCGAACAGGCAGAGAUGAUCCAGCAUCUCGAGAACCGCGUCGUCAUUGCCACCUCUGUGCCUCCCACUCCUCCCGUGUUCGAGCGCCCGCCGACCCAGCCAGAGGCUGCCGACGCGAGCUUUUACAUCAAUGUCGCGGAGAAUGCGCGUAAGCGUGCCGAGAGGCUCGAGCGCGAAAACCUCGAGCUCAACGUCGAGGUGGAACGGUUGCGGCGCAUGUCGAUCGCCAAUGCCGCUACCGAUGCGAGCAGGAGUCUACUGUUCGGCGAAGGAUAG